AGUCGAAACAAAAAUACCAAAACGUCCUCUAAAUCUCUCUUUUAUAUCUCCGCAAACUUUCUAAAUUCUAACCAAAGAAACCGACAAGGAAAAAAAAAAAAGAAAGAAAACUUCCCAUCUUGUGGCAUUCCUGAUCAUCAAGAUGAUGAUGGCAAGCCGUGGCGGAGGCGUCAAGUUGGCGAGUUCCAUGAUGUUUGUUUCACGUUCUUUCUCAACAGCCAUCUCUCGUGGCAUAGUAGCCAAAGAGGCAGUCACAGCCAAAGCGGUGGGGUUUCAUGGGGAUGUUGUGCGUAAGAAUAUUGGUGAAUUUUGGGUUCGUGGUUCGGUUUUUGGUGUGAGGCAUGGAAGUACUAUGAGUUUCGGCGAGAAGGACCAACAGAAGGUGGAGAUGAAGCAAACCCAACCGGUUGCGGAAGGUAGUGAUAAAGAGGAGAAGAAGGAGAUUGCUAGUUACUGGGGUGUUCCUCCUAGUAGGGUUACUAAAGAAGAUGGGGCUGAAUGGAAGUGGAAUUGUUUCAGGCCAUGGGAGACGUAUUCUGCUGAUUUAUCAAUUGACCUGAAGAAACAUCAUGUCCCAGCUACCUUUUUGGACAAAAUGGCUUAUUGGACUGUCAAGGCUUUGAGAUUGCCCACUGAUCUGUUCUUUCAGAGGAGGUAUGGCUGCCGUGCAAUGAUGCUAGAAACUGUGGCAGCAGUGCCAGGAAUGGUAGGAGGCAUGCUGCUACAUUGCAAGUCAUUGAGGCGAUUUGAGCACAGUGGAGGAUGGAUCAAAACAUUACUUGACGAGGCUGAAAACGAGCGUAUGCAUCUCAUGACAUUCAUGGAGGUGGCAAAGCCCAGGUGGUAUGAGCGCGCUCUGGUGAUUACUGUCCAAGGUGUUUUCUUGAAUGCUUACUUCCUUGGCUACAUUAUCUCCCCCAAAUUCGCUCAUCGCAUGGUGGGGUACCUCGAGGAAGAAGCUAUCCAUUCCUACACCGAGUUCCUGAAGGAGUUGGACAAAGGCAACAUUGAGAAUGUUCCUGCUCCUGCCAUUGCUGUUGAUUACUGGCGGUUGCCUCCUAACGCCACCCUCCGCGAUGUUGUUCUGGUUGUGAGAGCUGAUGAGGCCCACCACCGCGAUGUGAAUCAUUUUGCUUCGGACAUACACUAUCAAGGACGUGAACUAAAAGAAGCUCCUGCUCCUAUUGGUUAUCACUAAAAUGCCUACUUGCGGCUGCUGCCAGGAGACAGGCUGAAACUUUUUAACUAUUGUGGUAUGGUGCCACGUUAUAUUAUGCUAUUAAAUAGCAAUUUAUGGUCAUUGGUGGAACGGCGAGGUGGUUGAUUAGAAUUGUGGGGCCCCGGCCACCAAUCAUAGUGGCUGAUUAGUAUUGGAUAUCACCAUCGGCCGGUGGGUGGUACUUGUCAUCGCGACCGUGACCCUUAACGUUCAGGCAACAAUGGCGGCGAGUGAUGAUUAUUAAUGAUAAGAUGCUUAUUACAGUGGGAAAACCACUGCACACAUUUCUUGAUUUACUGUAUUGUAACGGUAUGGUUAAUUUGUCGUUCUAUAAUUAUUUAGAGACAUAUCUGUACUUUCACUGUUUUUUAGAUCCUUCAAAAAAAAAUUCUGCCAUGUUUUAGGAA